CAUCAUCCCUUCCUCUACAAUUCACACAUCAUGAGCCAUGGCUAACCGAAUCUUAUUUGAUCACUCUGCAGUUGGUGGAAGAAUACGGGAAAGUGAAUCACCUUUUGUAAGAGCUGAUAGUAGUACAUCAAGUGGCAGAGAUGAUGUAACGAUGGAAUUAAGCGGUUCAGCAUCAACACCUCCAAACACAAAAGCGGCAGCAGCAGCAGCCAACAAAGGAAAUUCUGCCCGCGUUUCAAAAGCUUGUGUCACCUGUUCACUCAAAAAACGAAGAUGUGAUGGUGGUAAACCAGAAUGCAAGGUGUGCACUGUUUUGGGUACGCCUUGUUCAUACGAAAGUAGAGGAUUAAAACGUGGUCCUCCAAAAGGUUUCCGUUCAGGUCCAAAAGAAAGUGCAAAAGCAAAAAUGUUAAGGUCGUUGGAAACUACGAUUCGCGAUCUCGUUUUGCAUAUGGGACACGAUGAUACGGGAAAAGAAAUUGCUCGAAUCAGUAACGAACGUGGAAUAAAUGCAGAUCAAAUUGCAAUCGCAAUGCCCGAUUCGCUGAACAAACGAGCAAGGCAAAUCAAGAGGGAAUCGUCUGCACCCGCAGGUCGUAUUGAUGGAUCGGGUAGCGGUGAGGAUUCGGAUGAUGAUGUGAUUGGGAUUAAUGAAGGAGGCACGAUUCGUCAUAUUGGAUCAAGUUCUGGCAUCCAAUUAUUGCAACAUCAAAAUACGCAUCAUCACCAUGCAGGUACGCUCAUCACCAAUUCUGGUGUUCGAAGUCCUUCUGAUAGUGUUGGUGGUCGACCAAAAUUCUCGCCUCGAACUUCUCAUCCUCCUAUCCAAUUGCCCUCAAUUACGCAUCCGACAAAGGUGCACGGAAGUCCAUCUGCGGUCUCAAACGCAUCACCGCAUGGGUUCUCGAGUAGCGGCUUUUCAACUCUGUCGGAGAAGCAAUACAAACUAAGUUCCGCGAUGAAUCAAAAAUUAUUCCAGCAUUAUUGGACGGGAUUCCAUCCUAUUUGGCCAAUUCUAUACAAGCCUGCUUUGGAUGAGAUCUCAGUAGAUCAUUUGCCUACAACCUUGGACACAGCUUUGAUCUUUUCCAUCUAUACCAUUGCUGUCUGUGUUGCUUGUCCUUCGAUUGACGGCGAACUUGAAGCAGAGAUCGGUGAAGGAUCGCCUGCAGAAGUAUUUGCAAAUGUCGCCGAGCAAUUCUUGUUUCGAGAUAAAGGUAUGCCAACGCCAUCAUUUGCAUCGAUUCAGAGUUGUUUCUUGCUGUCAUGCUAUCAUCAAGGCGCUGGACAACUUUCAAAAGCAUACCUCCUGUCUUCUCUUGCCAAUACAAUGGCCAUUGACUUGGGUCUGCACCGUCAUUUGCAUCAAUAUGAGCAUGAUCUGAUCGAGCGUGAAAGUCGGAACCGGCUCAUUCACUGCAUCUAUAUCCUGAGCACUGUUCUCAGCUCUGAGAUGGGUAGACCGCCAAUGCUUCGUAGCAAGGAUAUUGAUGUUCCGCCCAUGAGCGAGAAUGAAAAGGAUGAAUUUGAAACAGAUGCACAAGGCAGACAACUGCAUUCUGCAAGUUUGUUAAACAGCUCAAGAAGAUUAUUUGCAAUCGUUGAGACUGUGUUGACGCAAGUGCAUAGCUUUAGACGCAAAGCUGCUCUACGAAGGAUGGGUACCGAGGCUAUCGGCAAGCUGGUGGAUGAGAUUGAUCAAAGUUUAGAAACCUGGAAGAGCUCUCUGCCAGGUUUUCUCAAGUUUCCGGAAGAUUUGAAUGGUGGCAAAAAUGCUAAAGAUGUCGAGAUUCCUGUUCCAAGCUUUGUUGCCGUGCAAAUAUGGUAUUAUACUGCAAAGUUGUUGUUGCAUCGACCAUUUAUUCCGCAAGAUGAAGGUAUCUCUUUAUCGCAACUGUUAAGCGAUAAAUAUCAUCAAAAAUGCACACAAGUCGCUCAGUCUUUGUUUGAUAUGCUCUUGCUCUUAUCGAAAGCAAGUAGCGUCGACAGACUCUCGACCGAUUUUGCGUAUAUCAUCUUUACAGUUGCUGUUAUGUUUGUCUUCAAUGCACGUUUAGGACAUACACCCAAUUCCGCAACACAUUCCGAAUCAAGCCCAAAGAUGGUGAUUGUGCCCGGCUAUACAUCACCACAAAAUUCAACAACAUAUGCCAAAAAACUUGCAAAUGAUUCGCGAAAGCAAUUCCUCAUGUGCAAAGAAUGGUUGAGAAAAUUGUCGGAGAGAUGGCCAUCUGCGAGUGCUCAUAAGUUGCUCUUGGACGGUUUCACGGUUGUUGCAGAAGGCGUAGUGACUGGAGAAACGAAUGAGCUUGUUGGACGAAGAGGAUCGAUCGUGAAUAGUCUCGCAAAUAUUGCACAACAAGGUGAAUGGAGUCAGCAACAAGGAGGUCCUGAUGGUGUGCAAAUGCAGGUUGGAUCUUAUGAACAACGAGCCGAUCAAUAUCUGCAACAGCAGAAAGAGCAACAUAGGAUGAUGCAAUACCAACAACCCUUUACUCCCCAGAUGCAGCAAGGUCCCAAUCGCGACUUCGAUGAUGGUACAGAGAAUGGCAAUGCUGAAAUGGUUCCAUCAUCGAGUGGCAUGUCCAUGUCAAUGGGUCAACAAUUUAUGCCAGAUGUGAAUGCAUUCUCGGCUCCUAUCGCACCACAACAAUCUCUCAAUGCUUACUUCGAAUUUGCUCCGAAUAUUUUCGAUAUGGAAAAUGUGUACUGGAAUGAGACUGCUACCCGUUUGACACCUUUCUUGGGACCAAAGGAGACCAAUAGUGGCUCAAGUAGCACGGGCAUUCUGACACCUUCCGGAGCGAAUAAUGGUACAAAUAAUCGUUAUUCUUCUGCUAAUGGUCAGAACAACAAUAUGGCAAACAUAAUGCAAUUUACCCCUCGCACAUUUGGCGCCAUUUCUGCCAUGUCAAAUUAUGCCAACUUUGCCAGUUACGGUCCACCACAAUUGCCCACUUCUGCUUCACCUUCUGUGCAACAGCAGCAAGCACAAGCGCAACAGCAAGGCGCGAUGGGACCGCCAUCUCUUACGCCUUCCAGUAUGCGUUCAAUGGGUGCAAAAGAACCUUUGUCAAACAGUCCAGGGUUGCAAAUCCUUGCACAAGCUAUCACUUCUGCUCCAGGAUCUGUAGGAAGUUCAAGUAGCAGUGGAUCAACGAACGGUAGUACGGCUUACUCGAAUCAAACCACGCCAGCUUUCAAUGUUACACAAGGUGUUGGCGUAGGCAAUACUUCCAAUCCAAACUUUAGCCCUUUUAGCUUUCACCAAGAACCUUCUGCUCCUGAAUGGGGAGAAGUGAUUAGCAUGUUACAAUUACCGCCAGCUUUCAUUCAGUAAUGAAAAGCUGUAAAGCCGUGGUCCUUUUUAUUCUCCUUUUUUAUUUUGUAUCUUAUCCAUUCUUCUAUUCCCUCUCUCUCUCUUUUUGGUAUACCAUGGCUUCAUUCAUUGUCAAAUUUCCCUUCCCUCUGUUUGGUUGACUAGCAGAUGUAUUGUGUAUAAAUGGUUUCAUUGUUAUAAUCUCA